AUGGAUAUCUUCCAAGGUGUGCCAUUUUAUGGGCAGCAUACUUCAGUAGACUUCACAAAGAUGUCUUCUUCUGCGUCAACACCAUGCUCAAUAUCAUCAUCUAAUACAUGGAGUCAUGUACGUCCUCAAAUUGCAACUAACUAUCAGCAUCUGAGGAAACUUAGCGAAUGGGGAAUUGAGGCUUUGCAGGAUACUUCUCCAACGGUUGUAGGCCAGGAAAGGUUUGAUUCCAAUGAUGUUUUCAUUGAUGAUGACUAUAGAAAAGAUUUCCAAUUCGACUUUCAAGAGGAUACAAAAUGGGAAAAGCAAGUUGAAUUAAUCAUGAAACAACUCCCAUAUGGUGAUAUGGAUACAUUCAUUGAUGAGUUUCAAUAUGAGAUCAUAUCCUCUCAACAAUUGACCAACUCGUUUGGGUCCAAUAAAUACCUUUUCAACGCUCAAAAGUCUAUUAUGAAUUUUACAAAAGAAAAUGACACUUCCCUGAGAAAUAAUAAGUCUAAGACACUUCCAACUAAAUAUGGACAGCUGCUUAUAUCGGGUAAAAAGUACUUUUUGCAGAGAUCGGUUCCAUACAUCUUUACCAUGCUCUUCGUCAGGAAAACCCUUAGAAAAAUCCUUUACAAGAAAAAUCUGAAGAGAUCGUCCGUUAUAUCCCUAUUGAUGAUUGCCGUAUAUCUCGCUUUACAACAAGAGUUUUUUCAUGUGAAAUACUCUAAGUAUGCAGCACUUAUGAACUUACGUCAAUUGAACAGUGUAUUGCAAAGUAUGGACAAAUUGCUAUAUCGAUAUCACCUGAGGUUCAAAGAGUUGACUAUAUAUAAGCCAAUUGCAAUCACACAAAAUCAUGGAUUCGGUUAUGAAGAUGCAAAAUCUCUUGCUGUAAUAAAUGAUAUUCUGCCCUGUGCUCUUGAUCAACUAUUUUACAGAUUGAAGAUAUCAGCAAGUAAUAUUCUACCUAUUAUCAAUACAUCUCAGUUGACAAGUUACACCAGCAUAUACAACUUGGAUUUACAAAAGCUUUACGAACUUAUGUGGACAACAGAUUCCCUAGAUAUCAGUGAAAAAUUAGAGAGGACACAAUAUAUGAAGAAGUUUUUACUGUGUUGUCUUCUUUCUAUCAAUGAUAAUAUUCCUCACCAAGAUCACGAGGUUGUUAGCAUGUUGGAUAAAAUAUUCCCUGAAUAUCGGGCAGAGACAAAAUCUGACAUUGAAAAGUUCCAAAUUAUAUCUAAAGAACUUGGAGCAUUAAGACAGGCAAUAUCUGCGGUAUUACCUAUUCUUCAUCAUAACAAGUAUCUAUUAUUCAGUCUUACUAGCGAAUUCACAGGUUCAUCAUCAGAACCCCAGAAAAGAGAUACACAGAUAAACCAGACACUUUCACGACUAAUAGAACUCCAGAGAUAUUUAAUGAAGCAAACUACGAUAUGUGAUGACGUAAGUGAUCAUCUGGCAAAUGAACUAACAUCCUUACAAACAAUAUGGACAGAAAAACGAAUGGACAAAUCGCGUAUUCGUGAUUCAAAGAACUCAAAGGUUCAUCAUAGUCAGAAGGCACUACGGCCUCCUAAUCAAAGGGUUUUUAGCAACGGUCUAAAUUUAGAUGUUGUCAAAACCAAUAAAGAGCAUAGAGAGAAUGCUUUUGUUUUAAGUUCGGCUCCGAAACUCACCUCUUUAGUUGAUGUAUUGCAAAUUGAAGAGACUGGAUCUGAUAUUGAGAAAGACCACGAAGAAAUAGUAUAUGGUGACGAAAAUGAUAACUCGAUAAGUUCCAAUAAGGAUCUAAAAUUUUCUAGAUUUACGGAUGAUCAACUACGGUACGAAUUAAACCAACGAAUACAACAUCUGGCAAUCGAGAAUAAGAAAAGUCGAGAAAACUUACGGAAACAAAAGAGUUUCGAGCUGAUGAACAGAAAGAUAGAAAAUCAGAGCAAGGGCUGGAUCCCAUCUGAAUCUCAAGCUCUGUUCACCUCAGAAGAGAGUAUUCCAGUUCUUUUCGAGCUAAAACAAUACCUGAACAAUAAUUAA